UCAGAGCAUUACCUCAAUAAAUGACCGAGCUCAAACGAAGGAACAUUUCUGUGCUUGCAGUGAUUAGAGACUUUCAGUCAAAGCUGUAUUGGUCUUUUUUCAAACCUUCAUGCUGGUGAGAAGAUGAUGCCGGUGCGUUUGUGAAGGGGGUCGGUUGGCCUCGAGCGGUUUGUUUAUAAACUGUAGACCACUAGUGAGCGCGAUGUCUCCACGUCAGAUUUCAGCAGUCUUGCCUUCAGUGCUAACGUUCGUCGUUAUCUUGGCGUCCGGAGGCCUUCUCUUGAUGAUAGAGAACGGAAUGCUGAAUAAUACGGAGACUCCACCACCCCGAGGGAACAGCAGCCAUCUAAAUGAUCAAGUUAGGAAUCAUGAUUCAACUGCGAACGUGGAAUCUCAAAUUAUGCAGGAGAUCCGUAACCGCACCAUCCAGUCGAUGUGCAGCCAAAAGAACAUGCCGCACAACGUGUGGUCGCUGAACGCCCUCCAGCGCAAGACUCUGCUGCAGCACAUCCUGGUGAGCGAGGAGCACCACUUCCUCUACUGCUACGUGCCCAAGGUGGCCUGCUCCAACUGGAAGCGCAUGUUGAAGGUCCUGAGUGGCGCCUUGCCAGGCGUGGACGCGAAGGGUAAGAUGGACCACCGCACCGAUCUCCUCUUCCUGUCCGACCUGCAGCCGGAGCAGAUUCGCCACCGGCUGCGGCACUACUACAAGUUCAUGUUCGUGCGUCAGCCCAUGGCGCGCCUGCUGUCGGCCUACCGCAACAAGUUAGGCGAGAUCGAGUCGUACCAGAAAAAGUACGGCGCCGAGAUCAUCCGCCGCUAUCGCAAGGGCCGCGCCAAUGACACCAACAUUGACGGCGACGACGUGACCUUCACGGAGUUCGUGCACUACCUGUUGGACGAGGAGUCGGAGGGCAUGAACGAACACUGGAUGCCCAUAUACAACCUUUGCCAGCCGUGCGCCAUCACCUACGACUUCAUUGGCACGUACGAGCGGCUUGAGGAGGACGCCGCGCAUGUACUGAAGAAGGUGGGCGUACCGCCCCACCUGCGCUUUCCAGAGCGCCAGUCUUGGUACAAACCUGUCACUAAAGAAACGUUACAUUAUUACCUGUGCAGCGUACCGCAGAAGCUACUGCGAGAGCUCCUGCCCAAGUACAUCCUGGACUUCUCGCUCUUUGGAUACUCCCUCCCCAACACAACAGCAGAGUAUUGCAGACACUAACGCAGGGGCGGACAGACUUUCCUAAGUAUUAUUUUCAGGUGCUAUUUAAAUAUGGAGCCGUGUUACACUCCCCACUGUAUUAUUUUAUGUAAAGGAUCGGGAAACUGACAGGAUGUGGUUUAGAUGAGGUUGGACAGGAAAUAAGACAGAUUCGACUGUAAUGGCUAGAGGAGAUUUUCAGUAUCUCUGUUCAAGGACCCUAGACAACUCCUGUGGAACCUUUUUAAAACGUGUCUGGAUCCAGACCCAAGUGGCAUCUGUCCUUGGUUCUGACCAGCUGGCUCUGUGUUACAGCUGGUCCAGGAACAGCUGUAAUGUGAGGAACAUGAUGGGCCUCAAUUUAAUCAAAUGUCUCAUGAGCUAUAAAGCUGUUGUUUCAGGUGCAUAAGCAUUUGAGCUGAUGCGUGUGCUUAAGAUCUUGCUCAUGGUAUCAAAUUGGCAAACAGAUUUUGGUGAAUUAUUAAAUUACCUUUAGGGACAUGUUAGACAUCACAUUUUGUCCAUCAUUUAACUUCCGUCAACCACAUUUUGUGGCAGUGCCAGUGUCUGGUGUUAAUGCUGCUGUAAGUAUGUUAGCAGUUUCGAAUGACUUCUGCCAUAAAUCCACUUUGUCCUUUAAAUGUGUUGAGCGCUCUCCAAAUAACUGUUAGCUAGGUGCUGAUCAUCAUCUGUCCUGGAUUGGUUCACACAUCCAGACAUAUCAUUUCCUUGCUGAUUGAAUAGCCUGGGGUAAUAGAGCAUCAACAGUUCAUGGGUCUUCUGUGCGUGAUUGGAUAUUUGAGGCAAUAGUUUCCACAAAUGUCCCCGACCUGACCAAUAAAAUGCUGAAAAAUAAUCAUUGUAAAUCAAGAACUGUUGGCCUGGUUAGUGAAGAGGUAUUUGAGAAUGUAGGCCUACCAGUUGUCUAAGAUAUGCCACUGAUCAUCUGAUACAACAGAAAUGCCACAGAAACUGCAUAAUAAACUCUCUCUCAGACCUA